ACGGUUAGACGUCCCACCCUCCACCUGCAGUUUGGGACCAAUCAGCAAAUAGGAAUCCCCAACGGGUUGGAGGGGUGAAGAUGGCGGCGGCGGCUGGGGCCGGCCGUGUGAUGGGCGCCGUCAAGGUGGUGAAGCCGUUUAUGUCCCGGAAUCAGAGCGAAGCUAAACGCCGGGUGCGAGAGCUUUAUCGAGCCUGGUACCGGGAGGUGCCCAACACCAUACAGAAAUUCUAUCUGGAUAUCUCAGUAAAACAGGGACGAGAUAAGGUGCGGGAAAUGUUCAUGAAAAACGCCCAUGUCACUGACCCCCGGAUUAUCGACCUGCUGGUGAUAAAGGGUAAAAUGGAUCUGGAAGAAACUAUACAAGUUUGGAAGCAGCGGACACACAUCAUGCGUUACUUCCACGAGACAGAAACACCCCGACCCACAGACUUCCUCUCCAGAUUCUACAUAGGGCACGAUGUAUGAAUAAUAAGGGAAGUGGCCAUUGUAAAAUAAAUGUAUUCAGAAAUAAUUUGAAAAAAAAUUGAAUGGAUUUAAUAGUCUGUAAUUCAAGGGAGCUUGGUGGUUGCUCCUGAUUACUGAGAAUGAUACCAUUAAAAGGUUACAGAUAUUUUCUUACA